CCCCCACAAACAGACCGGCAUCCAAUACAUCAUGGCUGGAAAGGUCCUGAUCGCCGCGGGCAGCGUCCUCCUUGUUCAUGCAGGCUACUACACUCUGCAAUACGAAGAGUACGUCAAGCUCGCGGAAGUGCCGGAUGCGUCGUUGCCGCCUCUUGCUGCCAAGAUCGAGCUGGCUGUUUCGUUUCUCUUCUUCUUGGUCGGCGUUCUCGUCACCGCCGGUGACUUUGCGCCGAUCCGGUCGACCGACUUCUUCAACACCAAAUCAUUCGACUGGAUCACAUCCAAUCCAGAGUUCGCCGUCUUCAACCACCGCGGCAAGUACCUGCCCAAGAAGAAGCAGAAGUAGAUAAGCGGACAAACUGAUGAAUCAUUCCACUCGAA